AUGGGGGUUAACUCUUUCCCACCCGACGGAGGUGGCGGGCCAUCUCUUAGUAAUACUUUACCAACAUACUUAAAUUCGGGGAACGUGAUCGACCAGCAAACAUUGCUAAUGCGAGCUAUAGAUACCACUGAAAGCAGUGAUCAACGUCUUCCGGCUAAUCCCUUCCUGAUACACCAGUCGGUUAAAGCUGCACUUGGUUUCGAUCCCAUUAGGACACUAACUGCAUCCAAAGAAGGCAGAGGAACUAGGUACAUCCUUCGAACAACAUCGAAGAAAACCUACCAGGCGCUUCUCAAUAUGAAAUCGCUUACCACAGGCCAACUCAUUGAAGUUAUCCCUCAUCCUACUCUAAAUAUUGUGCAGGGGGUCAUUUUCGAUCAAGAUACAGUCAACCUCACAUCAGACGAAGUACUGAAAGAACUCGUUAGCCAAAACGUUGUCGCCGUACGAAGAAUCACGAAGAUGGUCGAAAAGAUACCAGUCAAUACCCCCCUUCUCGUUUUGUCAUUCUCCGGGUCCUUCCUCCCAGAGUACAUUUACCUAGGUCUCGUUCGAACUGCAGUUAGACAGUACUACCCGUCACCCAUGAUGUGUUUUAACUGUGGCAAUUUCGGCCACGGCAGCCGCUCCUGUCCCAAUACGACCGUUUGCCUCAACUGCAGUGGCAGUCACGUGGUAGAGAAAGGCAUUACUUGUAAAUUACCCAGUCAGUGUAGAAACUGCAAAGGAGAACACGCGACGCGCAGCAGAGAGUGCCCUUCCUACAUGGAAGAAGAGAGUGUCAUAAAAUUAAAGGUGACAAAGAACAUCACUUUCCCCGAAGCUCGUGCGCUGCUUCGUAAGAUUACAGAAAAAAACAGUUACGCCAAUGUGCUUAAGGACCGCCUUAACCCUGAGAAUAACGAGAAGGACCGAACAAUCCAGCUACUUAGGGAAGAACUGGCCAAAGCAAAGCAAGCUAACCAGAACUGCCAAACUGAAGCCUCCAAGGACCUCGAGAUCCGUACACUAAAGGCUCAGUUAGCCGAGACACAGGCACAUAACCUUGCUAUGCGCAGUGAGCUUGCUGCCCUCCGCGAAGAUUUUUCCAAACUUACAAAGCGCUCAGCACCUCCUAGUGACAAUCAAACCAGCAAAUCGACAAAAAUAUUAAAGACAGUGACAACACCUACAAUGCAGACACUAACCACGGGAGCAAUCUCUAAAACUAAACUCUCUCAAUCACAAGUACAGGCCAUGGAGACCGGCAAUUAUGAUGAUGAGCCAGACAAGAGACAAAAUAGGAAGAACAACAAAGGCCGCCCAAAGGUAAGGGAGGAGAAAUCUCGAAGCCCAAUUCAAAAAGACAACGCCCCAAGCAACACAUACCAUACUAGAUCGAGUAGCGCCUGCUCAACAGUUUCAUUUACUAAACCCAACACCGAAGACGGUUUGACAGAACAGGCUCACAUAGACAUAUCAGACUAG